CUGUGGUCCUGAUUUUCCCGUUAGGAGGCUCAGGUCGUUCUGGUCUUUUCGCUGACACCGCUUAUCCUUCCCGUCCUAUCCUACACACCGGUCAAGAUGGCAUCAGAUGAAGGAAAACUCUUUGUUGGUGGACUGAGUUUUGAUACUAAUGAACAGUCAUUGGAACAAGUCUUCUCAAAGUAUGGACAGAUUGCUGAAGUUGUUGUUGUGAAAGACAGGGAGACUCAGAGAUCCAGAGGUUUUGGCUUUGUCACAUUUGAGAACAUAGAUGAUGCUAAAGAUGCCAUGAUGGCCAUGAAUGGAAAGUCUGUUGAUGGGCGGCAGAUUAGAGUUGACCAGGCAGGCAAAUCAUCAGAAAAUCGGUCCCGUGGAUACAGAGGGGGUUCAUCCAGUGGCCGAGGCUUCUUCCGUGGAGGCAGGGGUCGAGGCCGUGGUUUUUCUAGAGGAGGUGGAGACCGCGGUUAUGGGGGGAGCAGAUUUGAAUCCAGAAGCGGAGGAUGAAGUUCCAGAGACUAUUACAGCAGCAGCAGGAGUCAAGGAGGCUAUGGUGACCGGUCUUCAGGAGGGUCUUACAGAGACAGCUAUGACAGUUAUGCUACACACAACGAGUAAAAAUCCUUCCUGAAUCAAGAUCGUCCUUCCAAUGGCUGUAUUUAUAAAGAUUUUUGGAGCUUCGCUGAAUCGUUAUUGUGUAGUACCCAUCUACUUGUAUUCACUUUUGUAGUAUUAUCAGUUCUGAUCUUGUCAAACACAGCCUGACAGCUUCGGACAUGAGAUGGCCUAAUUAGACUUUUCUUUUAAGAAAGCUCUUGUCUGUUCUCGAGUGUUUUUUUAAAAAAGCAUUUUGAAAGCACUUCGGAUUUUUUUUUCUUUUCGUCAUGAGCCAAGGUGUGGUGGUUUUCUUUAUUAUUUUUUUGUUUUGUUUUUUUCUUUUGGUUUUGUUUUUAAGAAAAAUUUUUUUUAAGCUUUUUACAACAAAACUUGUGAAAUUGGGGGCCCUGGUUCGGUUUUCUUUGAGUUAGAAAAGGACCUUAAAAUUCAUUGUUCACGGGAAGCUGAACAAGCUGUGGAGGUUUGGCUUUUUUUUUGUUUGUUUGUUUUUGUUUUAUUUUCUGUUUUAUUUUUUUAAUUUUUUUUUUUAAGUGCGUUACCUUCAACUUUUUGUAACCUUCCUUUAGUGUAGCAAGGUAGGAAUGCAGCCGUGAGGGUUUGUGGAGAGGCAGACCACCUUGGUAUAUCUAAAGAGAAACUGCUUGUAUGUUCACUCUGCAUAAAGGUAUUUUUACUGUAUACUGUAAAUUACCCAGAAAUAGACUUGCAAACUUUCCAUAAAAGAGGUUCUUGAAAAUGUUUAUUUAUAUUGUCCUUUUUUUACUGGAAGAAGUAUGCAUAUUCCAUUGAUAUUGUAUUUGAAGUGGUUAAGGAAUUCUUGUAUACAGUUUUCUUUGGCUUUACGAAGCCUAUUAAAAGACCGUCUGAAAUGAAAAAAAAAAAA